CUGCGUCUCUACGAUGGAGACCGCCAGGCCGACGCUACGAGCCCCGAGGCAUCGAUGGCCGCAGAGGGCCGAGCGACCGGGAGCCCGUGUCGACGGUUCAUGCGCCUGCGCCUCGGUUCUCGCGGCCCGGGCCACGCUUCUGGGAAUGGAAAGUAGUGGACAAGAGCCAAGAGUCAACUCGGACUUUGUGCUCAGAACAUGGCGCCAGGGCCCUGCCAGGAAGUGCUGGGUCGAGGCCAGAUGUCCAAGGGCUGCAUUCCUCUUGACUCUGCUCCCAGCCAUUGGCUCCCUGGACUACAGGGCACAGAGGCCACCCCGACCCCUGUCCCACUUCAGCACCAUCCAACCCAAGGCCGGCUUCGAUGCUCAGCAGUUUGCAGGGACGUGGCUCCUCGUGGCCGUGGCUUCCUCAUGCCGCUUCCUGCAGGAGCAGGGCCACCAGGCUGAGGCUACUGCACUGCAGGUGGCCCCACAGGGUGCAGCCAUGAGGGUCAGCACCUUCCGAAAGCUGGAUGGGAUCUGCUGGCAGGUGCAGCAGCUCUACAGACACACGAGGGUCCCGGGCCACUUCCUGCUCCAAGCCCAAGGUGCCCACGGGAAGGUGGAUGUAGUUGUCGGGGAGACGGACUACCGCAACUUCGCCAUUCUGUACCUGCAGCGGGCACAGCAGCUGUCAGUGAAGCUGUAUGUCCGCUCACUCCCCGCAAGUGACGCAGCUCUGAGUGCGUUUGAGCAGCGGGUCCAGAGGGCGGACCUGACCGAGGACCACAUCUUGUUCUUCCCCAAUUAUGGUUUCUGUGAGGCCGCAGACCAGUUCCACAUCCUGGAUGAAGUGAAGAGGUGAGGCUGGCAGCGGCCCCACGCUUAGCGGGAACGAAGACUCUGGAGACAGGGUGCCCACUGUCCCCUCCCUGAGCCCUGGCACCCCACGGGGUCAGGGUGGCCCCGGGAGGGCCUCUCCCACCUGCUCCUGAAGCUGCCCCUCACUGCCAGGAGCUCGGGGACCCUGUCUUCAUUAAAUGCCAUCAGCCUCCA